AACAUGCACAACCACAUGCAAACACAUUCUUGUCAAGUUUCUCAGGGAAGAAAGCUGUAUCAGCACCAAAGAGAGAAGAAAAUGCACCAGCCUUAGGCAGAAGCUCGUCACAGCAACCGGCAGCAGCAGCAUUUAAAACAGUGUUUGCUCUUGAUUCGGUGGAAUUGCCUCUCCGGCAGGUGGCCCUCAAAGAAGGCGGCGCAAUUUGCGGCUACCGUAACUACCGCAGUUAAAUAGGUAAAUCCUGGACAAGAUGCAGUAGGAACAUGUACAUAUAAAACAUUAAAAUUCUGUUAUAUAUUAUAUCUAAAUGUUAAAAGUGUAAAAGUGGAAAAUAAUUUUUGUUGUUAUGACGGCGAAAUCUGGUGGAUCUACUGCACCAAAGGAACAUUCGAUAUGACAGGUUUGAAGUUCGUAAAAUAAGCUUUUAUAUGCGAAAACUGAAGACGUUGCAGCGGAGGGAGGUAAAAUCAGAAAGAGUCGAGCCGAAGCAGGAAGAGAGGAUGACAUCGUUAGCCCAGGCGCUUGGACUUCUCACGUCUGCAGUUCUUCUCUUCUCUCUACCAAAAGGCACUGAACAAGGCAUCCAUGAAAAGAAACUCCUCACAAAACUACUAGAGAGGUACAACGUUUUGGAACGGCCUGUAGCAAACGAGUCAGAACCCCUCGAAGUGAAAUUCGGCCUCACGCUUCAACAGAUAAUUGACGUGGACGAGAAGAAUCAACUCCUAAUAACAAAUAUUUGGCUUUCGUUGGAGUGGAACGACUACAACCUCAGGUGGAACGAAUCCGAAUUUGGGGGAGUCAAGGACCUCAGAAUAACUCCCAACAAAAUUUGGCGACCUGAUAUCCUCAUGUACAACAGUGCCGAUGAAGGUUUCGACGGGACCUACCACACCAACGUUGUGGUCAGACAUAACGGUAGCUGUUUGUAUGUUCCACCGGGCAUCUUCAAGAGCACAUGCAAGAUAGACAUUACGUGGUUCCCCUUUGAUGACCAACAUUGUGACAUGAAGUUCGGUAGCUGGACCUAUGACGGCAACCAGUUGGACCUAGUUCUCAACUCAGAAGAGGGAGGAGAUCUCUCCGACUUUAUCACGAAUGGAGAAUGGUACCUGAUAGGAAUGCCGGGUAAAAAGAACACCAUUGUCUACCAGUGCUGCCCGGAGCCUUAUGUGGACGUGACAUUCACAAUUCAAAUUCGAAGGCGGACCCUCUACUACUUCUUCAACUUGAUCGUGCCCUGCGUUCUCAUCUCGUCCAUGGCUCUGCUCGGCUUCACCCUGCCACCUGACUCUGGGGAAAAGCUCACCCUAGGAGUGACCAUCUUGCUCUCGUUGACUGUCUUCCUGAACCUCGUGGCCGAGACCCUCCCCCAAGUCUCUGACGCCAUCCCUCUGUUAGGUGUUACUAUCCUGCUGUCUCUAACAGUAUUCUCCCUCUUGGUGGCCCAAGUGUUGCCCCAGACUUCUGAUGCUGUACCCCUGAUAGGAACAUAUUUCAACUGCAUCAUGUUCAUGGUGGCGUCCUCCGUCGUUCUCACCGUCGUGGUGCUCAACUAUCACCAUCGGACUGCAGACAUUCACGAGAUGCCUCAGUGGAUCAAAAGCGUGUUCUUGCAGUGGUUACCAUGGAUACUUGGCAUGAGUCGUCCCGGUAAGAAGAUAACUCGGAAAACGAUCCUCAUGAGCAACCGCAUGAAGGAAAUGGAGCUAAAAGAGCGGUCGUCUAAGAGCCUCCUUGCUAACGUAUUGGACAUUGACGACGAUUUCCGGCACUGCACAGGAACCAACAGCACUUCGGCUUCUUCCGGUUUCCUACGGAGUGGCAGCCGCGGAACAGCGGCAAUUUUGGACGAUACUGGGGGUACAUCUUGCUCUGUAGCCCAACGGGAGAUGCAGGCUAUACUGAGGGAACUUCAGUUCAUCACGGGCAGGAUGAGGAAAGCGGACGAUGAGGCAGAACUAAUUAGUGACUGGAAAUUUGCUGCGAUGGUGGUGGACAGGUUCUGCCUCAUUAUCUUCACCAUGUUUACCAUUAUCGCGACAGUAGCUGUACUGCUUUCUGCGCCUCACAUUAUAGUACAGUAACGUCGCUAGUCCAUCCAAAUAUUUCCAGGCUUGGUGUAUUUUCAUUACAAUGUUUCACUAAGGACGAUACCGGCAUGUUCUUAAAGAGGUCAGCGGAUUUGAACCGGGUUUUCUUCCAGCAUGGAGAACUGAAUGUGCAGUGUCUAUAUGUCCUUGCGUUUCAAAGAUGACAACCAUUUGCUUACUUUAAUCCACGUACGGCGCCAUUUGCAACAAGAUAGGCGCCAUAUUCUCGCCUCCGGUUAUAUAAAACUAGGGUGCUAAAUUUCAUUAGCACAUUUAAGAUUCAAAUAAAAAUCUUCAUAUCAACACGUUUUUAUUAUUUUUAAGACGAGAUAACAGUGAGGUUAACCCAAAUGGAGAAAAGUAGUAUAUUAACUUAUUUAUACCUGGGGCCAAAAUGUAAUGCUGAGAAUAACCAUGUACGCAUGGCCGGUUAUUUAUAAAAACGGGAAAGGGGUUCAUUAGCUAACUUUCAGUGUAGAGAUAGAUUGUUGUUACAAAGUUAUUAUAUAUAAACGUGUGUCUGCCGAAAGAGUUAUUUCACAAACUUUUCUGUGAUAUAUCAGCGUUGUUUAUUUAUUAUUUUAUCAGCAUUGUUGUUGUUAUUAUUAUUAUUCAGUUAUUAUUUUCAUUUUUCAUGAUUACGAGCAAAGGCAAACGAAAUUAAAGGAAGAUGAUCAACUCGUGCGUAGGCUCAGAACUGCAGGAAUGUGAAAUUACGUACAAAAGGAAUUGAGAACUCCAUUUAUGUACUUUUAUAUAAAAGUACUAUAAACUGUCAUUAUAACAUUUUUUAAUUUUAAAGAGGCAGUGCCGUAACGCAUAAGUGACAGUAAUUUUCGCACUGUGUAUCUUUAUCAGCCGGUUCGCAACGAAAAAUGAGCAAAAGUUUCGAUUACGAAUAAAAUUCAGCGUUUGCUGCACAGUUGUAGAUAUGAAUCAGGGAACUGACUGUCUUGAUAUGUAGUUACAAUUUUCAUGUUCAUAAUAAGAGUGAGAUUUGAAGAAUGAUAUGUUUAAUAAUCUGGUGGAUAAAAUGAUAAAUUUAUAAGAUGUUGAUAGAGUAUUUAAGUCCAACAGAAAUUAAACAUUUUAAAUGGAGGAUAAUGAGAUCGAUUGUACUUGAAGGUGAACGUGCAUCAACAUACAAGAGCUCUGAGUUUAAGAGUUUAAACAACAUUUUUAUAUAUAUAUUUUUCGUUGGGAAGCGGCUAUUUUGAAAGCAUAUUCGAGAAGAAUUAGUAUAGAUUUCAAUGCAUAUAAUACAAUUAAAACAUGCUCAAUUAAUAUUGUUAUAGAAGUGCGUCUAUGCGAGCCGUAGCGAUACGUUGUGAACCCAUGAGCAUAGACAAUGGGAGGUGUGCAUGAAUUGGUUGAACAAUCACUUCGUAAUAUUCUGUUCACAAAGGUAACACUGGUUAUUUGUAAAAGGAAAAAUGAUUGAACGUUAAAAAUAUCGUUUAUGAAGAAAUUUUUUUAUAUUUGUGUUUAAGAAACAAAAUAGGCCCAUCUUUUGGGGUUAUAGUUGCAUGAUUGUAGGUUUACCUUAAAAAGAUUCUAGAUAUUCUAGACAGAAAAAGAAACUUGGUCGGUCAGAAAACACAACACGCUCUUAUGCGGGAAGUGAAAUGACAGACUUAAUAAUGUUUGUUAUAUAAAUUGUAUCGCUCAUGUUUUAUAUAUAUACAUAUUAAGAUGUUUAGUUUCAUUUAAGUAAUGAAUUUGGCAUUCACCAGUGUGCAAUAGGACUUCCUCUGUCUGCUCUUCUUGUUGGUCUAUUGAAUGUCUUUCAAUCGGUGCUGUGUUAUUUCCUUAUAGGCAUCGAAAUGUUUGCCUUCCAACCACAGCAAAGAACAUGAAGCUUGACCGCGUGUGGAACGGUCAGGCAACAGUGGAGUAUACGGCCCUCUCAGAAUGAGUCAACAAGCGAAUAAUUCGUGGAAUUAUCAUGUCUCAAGCAUUCGUUGUUAAAAUAACAGGAGAUACAUUUCCUAAACGAAGAAGAAGCCAAGUUUAUCAGACUAAUAAAAUAUCUGAAGAAGAGACUAGUAGAUGAGCACUCGACAAAUGAUCACGAAUGGGUGGUUAAGACAGCAAGAGACAUGUCCUAAACGAAGGAGAAGCUAAAAAUCAGACAAUAAUGAAAUAUCCAUAGCCUCUAAUAAUCGGUGAACAAACGAUAAAGGAAUGGGUUGUUAUGAUAGCAAGAGAUAUCUUGUCUAAACUAAGGGGAUGCCAAGGGGAGAUGAGUCAAGAAUGGGCAGUUAUUAUAACUUCAUAAAGAAGGGAGCAGCUAAGACAGAGAGCAAUGGUGCAUGAACAGAGUAGAUCAACAGAAUAAUGCACACCAAAAGAAGAAAUGAAUUGCUAGGAUAGCAAGUGAUACUUUGCCUUCAGGAAAAAGAAGCAAUUAGAAAAAGUCUGUGACAUCAGUAGCAUUGAAUAAUGGGUGAAAACAGAAAACUGAAUCAUGAAUUGGUUGUUAAGUAGCAAGUGACGUAUCUCCUAAGAAAUGAGACGUAAAGACGUCCAACAAUAACGAGACAUCCAGCAUACAUAGAGAUUGUGGGAACAUCAGCAAAUGGUUUCCUUAAAGGAAGAGAAGGCGCGGAAGAUCGCACAAAUGAGGGAAUGAAUCCCACUCAGAGGAUAACGGUCUCUUAACCUAAGAUGUUAACAUUUAAUACUGUUCUGCACAGCACUCUGAGCUACUAAAUGAACAUUUGUCACUACACCAUGAGAACAUGUAAAAGGCAUCAACGAAAAGUUCCUCCGGUUUCAAUUCUUCUACCAAAUACAGGUGGAAUAUUAAAGUUACGCUGCUACGAGGCCACCCACUUGAGAUGUGCCGGAAAUCCAGGUUAAUGUCUGUCACUUAAUGACUCCCCGCUCCUGUCUCUAGUUAUGUCUUGUAAGCCGAAAAAUGUUAAGUUAAUAGGGAUAGUUACUCUGUGGCAGUUGAAGCUUCAGAAGUUGACACUAAUAUUAAUGGGAGGGUGUAACUCUACGCAGCGUCGAUAAGCAGGGACGACGACCUCCAAUACCAAUCUGAACACAAUUGAAGAUAUUCAGAGAAAAUCAAUGGUUAGCGUAGUACUUCAGCCGCCUUUAUACGAAGAACAGCGCCAUGAUAUUCCGGUCCUUAUAUCUGUGUACCCCCGACGUUCGUUUUGGAAGGUUUGUUGCAAUAUUACCAAUUUCCUGACAGGGAAAUAUCGAAUGACACCUUUAUACUUAGUAAUAAAUCACAUAUUAACCAAGAUCAUCACAGCAGUAAGUCUUUUGAUAUAUAUUUGAUAAUGUGCAGACUUACUGAUCUGACAUCAGGGAUGAACAACUAGACGGCCAAACAUCAGUUAUUCUAUCACUAUGGGAAAAGUAUACCAGCUGGAUGAAUACAAUUUGUGUCACUGGGAAGAUAAAUUCAAAGAAUCCAUUCCAUGACUUUGAAGUCCAGCUCUGUCUUCUGUGAGGCGUUGCAGUCGCCGGAAAGUAAAUGGCGACUCCUCAGCAGAGAGUACAGAGUACUGGAAUAAGGGAGAUAGUCAGGGACAUUCUGUAUUGGCAUGAUUCCUCGCAAUAUAAAAACUGUUCCCACAGUGAUUGCACAGUUUGGUGUUCAUGAAUAUUCAUUCCUCGAAGGCGAACAGAUGAGCGUGUUCACUGAAUUCUAUUUAUGAUAAAAUGAACAUAUGAAUUCAUGCCUCCAUGUGAAUUAAUAGUAAUUUCACGAAAAGAAAAUGACCUUAAAUAGUAAUGGUGUUUAAGGAAGAAACGUACAGCUCUGCUACAACAACUGUUGGAUGUAACUGAACCUGCUCAGAUAUGACAUGUUAAUUCAUAUAGGAUAAUUUUACGUCUUGCCUAUGCACGAAUCAUCCAGCUCAUAGAAUGAUCAGUACAAGUUAAUGUUAUGUGCUAAAAUCAUUAUUAAUACACAGUGUUUAAAACUGGCCGAGGAUUCCUAUUGCACAUUGCAGAUUCACGGGCGAUGUCCCAAUAAAUACGUAUGUAAUCUUUUCUUCAGAAAUAUAACAAGGACUGGGAUGAUUCAGCUAAGUACAAUCACGUCAGUAAGUACAUGAACUGAUUAACCAUGGUUUAUCUCAAAUGAGAGAAACAGAAUUCUGUUGUCUCACGGUGAGUGCCUCGAAUCAUAGUGUCGGAUCUGUAAUUAUAUAAAUUCAUCUUAGUAAUUUUAAGCACAGAUGAGACAGUGGAAUAAUAGCCACGGCUGCUUCUACGGUAACCUGAAAUCGAAAUCAUGUGACUUUGGUAAAACAUUGUGAUCACGAGUCUGAAUCGAACUCAGGGCAUAGACGUGUUUCGGCGUCUCCUUGCGCUGGUCUGUGUAACUGCUGGAAUUGUAAUCAGAUUCGUGAGAACUAUUAAUGCGUAUUCAAUUAAUAUAUACAUAAAUAUCUAUACCGCUGAGGAAAACGAUAGGAAUUAGAUGAGUUAUGACUGAAGAGAGGAUGCAAAAUGUGUAACCUUAGCCAGAGCGAAGUCUGGGAUAUCCUCCAGUCACGUCCAAGGAACUUCCUGUGUGCUCUAUUACUGCUACCUGUUUUCAUUCUAAUCGUAACUUAACUUACGAUUCUGACACUGGUCACGUAGUAAACCGAGAGAAAUUUCUUACGACGCAGAAGUCCUGGCAAAUCUUUCUAAGGAUUUAGCACACUUAACAAAUUCAAGAAGAUUGAUAUUGAAUCCUUAUCCAUAAUUCAUCAAAUAUUUAUAUAUUUUAAAAUAUAGACGCUUUACUGGCUUCAUUACUUUGGGUCAGAAUAUUUUGCAAAGUAUAUUUCGAAAUUAAUUACGAGUUAGUCAUAAAAUUAUUCUUAAAAGUUUGAAUUCCCUAUAUAUUACGAAUAUUGCAUAGGUUUAAUCACACAGAACAGCACUUCUGUGGCAGUCUUCAGAUGGUGAAGAGUAUGUGCAGUACGAUUCUAUUUCGGGAAGUUGGGGAGUAUUUUUGGAAAUAAAUUUAACAGUAUACACGUUUACUUAUACAGGUUUAAUGAUGCUACUGUAAUCAAUGCAGGUACGUUGAUAACAAAAUAUUAUCAUUCAUGUUUAAAUCUUGUCUGAAAAAAAAAAAUAUUUUAUUGCAUAAUGUAUAUUACAAGAUGGUGCUUAAGUCAUAAAUUCUUGUAAAUACAACUGUGGUCCUAUAUUUCAAAAAACAGAAUAAAGUUGUUCUGAUUGACCGUUGUUGUCAAAAUACGUGUAUCGCGAAUUAAUGAAAAAAGGCAGAAGUGAUCGUGGCUAUUCCAGAAAUUCAUUUUGGUAACUGAGAAUUAUUACAUCGAAACUAAGAAGAAUUGAUUACAUAUAUAAUGGUGACUUUGCAUAGUAUAACAAUUCAUAUGUUGAUAACAAGGUGUUUAUUGCUCUAAUAAUUAUGAAAUGUCAGAUCUUUCCCUUAAAUAUACUGAUCAGGUACGGUGGUCACAAAGUUCUUGUUUCAUGACGUCAUAAUAUUGCCAGAAAACCUCUUCUAUUGAAAUUAAAAAACACACACACAAAAGGCGGGAAUGUACAGUAUAACUUGAGUACAAUGUCAGGAACAAGCUAACGUGAAUGACCAGUUCAACGAGGAAAUAAAACAACCAAAGGAGUGACUGACGCCUACAGAGCAUACAGAUGUACUCCUACAGAGUACAGAUAUUCCCCAUAUGUUAUUUUCUUUUUUACGUCUCAUGGGCCUCCAUGCCUGUUUAUUGCACAAGAAAAUAUAAUCUUGCAUUAAACAUAUACUGCACAGUCAGAAAUUAUUUUCUCCUGCACUUGGUUAAAUAUGAACAACAUCGAAAAAUUUUACAAAUAUGAAUUUUAGAUCUUAAUGAAAACAGUAAUUUUUCGUAUGAAGUACAGUCUUGGAGAAAAUGAUUAACCUCCAUUUGACUGUCAUAUACAAUAAAGUUAAUUAAAUUAUACUUCCACCCCCCCCUCCCAGUACCCAAUGCAAAUGAAAUCCUCUCAGUAAUUCUAUUCAUGAGACAAUCGGAAAAUCAGGAACAACCCCAUUACGCGUUCUUUUGAUUCAUUUAUUACAAUUACCCCAAAAAAUAUUUAAUAUGUCUCUUCAUUAGCAAAAGACUCCAGCUGGAGUACACGUGCUUGUGUUCUAGUCCAGUAAGACUGGCUACAUAUAGGUACCCGGUCGAGGAAUGUAGAAUUCCACUGAAGGAGUAAACAACAAAGAGUAUAAACAGGUACACAUCUAAUGCAUUAAGGAGGUCCCUUUGUAUAAGCACCAUACUAUUUGAGUAUAGGGUAGUGGAGCUGAUCUCAAGAGGCUCCUUAUUUAUUAAUGAAGCUCUUAAGACGUAAGACGGCCUUAAAUUCAAACUAAAAUGUACAUUUUACGUAAGUACAUGAAGAAAUCAGAAAUUCGCUUGUUUAGAGUGAUUUAUAUUUAAGCAAAAAUAACAAAAA